AGAUGGCCGCGCAGGCUUCCAUUCCUUCUUUGGGCCGUGUGUUUUUCUUAAGCUUGGCCUUGAUACCGGAAAAAAAAAAUAAAAAAGAGGGGACUCGUGAGUUCUGAUUGGCUGAAGGUAGAUGUGUCCUGAGCGCUGAUUGGCUGUCCCUUCGCGGGAAGGAGUUUGUGGCGCCAGUGCAAAGUAGGCAGAACGCUGCCACGCCGGAGCCGCACAGAGUUCCCAAGUGUUCUUGGUUUUCGUGUCCGAGCUUCUUGGGCCGCUCUCUCAGGAGAACUGCGACCAGGAUGUGGAAUAGCGGAUUCGAAAGCUUCAGCAGCUCCACCUAUGGCGGAGCAGGCGGCUACACGCAGUCUCCCGGUGGCUUCGGGUCGCCCACACCGUCGCAGGCGGAGAAGAAAUCAAGAGUCCGAGCCCAGCAUAUUGUGCCCUGUACCAUAUCCCAGCUGCUUUCUGCUACUCUGACUGAUGAAGUGUUCAGAAUUGGAGAUGUUGAGAUUUCACAGGUCACUAUUGUGGGGAUAAUCAGACAUGCGGAGAAGGCUCCAACCAACAUUGUUUACAAGAUAGACGAUAUGACGGCUGCGCCCAUGGAUGUUCGUCAGUGGGUUGACACGGAUGAUGCCAGUGGUGAGAAUGCUGUGGUUCCUCCUGAAACAUACGUGAAAGUCGCUGGUCACCUCAGGUCUUUCCAGAACAAAAAGAGCUUGGUGGCCUUUAAGAUCAUUCCUCUGGAAGACAUGAAUGAGUUCACCGCACACAUCCUGGAAGUGGUCAAUUCACACAUGAUGCUCAGCAAGUCCAACAGCCAGGCCUCUGCAGGGAGACCAUCUAUCAGCAACCCAGGAAUGAGUGAGCCCGGAAACUUCAGUGGGAAUAACUUCAUGCCAGCAAAUGGCCUCACUGUGGUCCAAAACCAGGUGCUGAAUUUGAUCAAGGCUUGCCCAAGACCUGAAGGACUGAACUUCCAGGACCUCAGGAGCCAGCUCCAGCAUAUGCCUGUGCCCUCAAUCAAGCAAGCAGUGGAUUUUCUGUGCAACGAGGGCCACAUUUACUCUACUGUGGACGACGAUCACUUUAAGUCUACAGAUGCAGAGUGAUUGGUGUCUCCUGGGUACCUGGACUCUGUCCAGCUGGGCCUGUGUUCAUCUGUCGGCCCCAGCUCUGCGGGCUUUGGCCAGAGGCUUCUAGGACAGAACUUUGCUGUAGAAGGUCUCACUCCGCUGAAGUCCUUUUGGAACUUAGCGCUCUCUGUUUUGUUGCUUGUUGUUUAGAGGUUCGUUCAGAGGGAGAAAGACAGUUGAGAAGGAAGUAAGCCAGGACUGGAUUUCGUGCAAGAAAUGCCGAUAAGCUAGUCAGGACUCCAGGAUGGGCGGUUGGAAUUGAAAGAGGAACACUGCCAAGAUGUCGGCAGAGCUCCAACUUGCUUGGGAGCUUCUGUUCUCAAAGGCUUCCUGUUGAGGACGAGCACUGCUAGGGCCAAGGGCCAAAGAAGAACCUGCCACCCUCUGCCAGUUUGUGCCACCCUCUGGGUCUGCGGGGUUACUUUCGGAAUUGCACUUUCCUUCCCUUGUCUUGCCCGCCGUGGGAAGGAGGUUUAAGUGAGCCUGGGGUUCUGACCUGGAGGCCUCGUGCGGCUGAGAGAAAGAAAUGUUAUUGCGUGGUUUGUAAUAUAAAUGUUCAUAUGUUUGAUAAAACAGUUCGAUUGUAAUAGCU